AUGGAUACCGGUAAAGCAGUACGACCACUUAUCGCUGUGGCCGGAUGCACAGGACUUCAAGGAGGCUCCGUCAUUGAACAUCUUGUCACUUCAGGUCAGUUUCGAGUCCGCGGACUCACGCGGAAGCCGAGCAGUGUCGCUGCGAAAAAGCUCCUCGCUAGAGGGAUUGAAGUAGUCCAAGCGGAAUUGGACGACGUCGACAGUCUGCGGCGUGCGUUCCAGGAUUGUUACGGUAUCUAUGCCGUGACGAAUUGCUGGGAACAUGGCUGGAAUGCGGAGACGCGCCAAGGCAAGAACAUGAUUGAUGCGGCGAAAGAACAGGGUGUGAAGCAUUUUGUCUGGUCCACGAUGGAACAUUCGGGAGACCUGGACAUCUGGCACUUCGAUUCAAAAGCCAAAGUUAACGAUUACCUCCUGGACUCCGGAAUUGGACGGACCUCAAUAUACACAGCAGCAUAUUAUGAAAACUUCGAGAUGCAGCUUCGACCUACACAAAAGGAAGAUGCUGCGACGGGUGGUACAUUCUACGAGAUUGAUUUCAACACUAUCCCGCCAGACUGCGCUUUCUUUGCAUUCAGCGGGAGAGAGAUCGGAGCAUGGAUCGUACAGGUCUUUGUGCAUCCGGAGCAGUAUCUGGACAAAGACGUGAAAUUGGUAGUCGAAUGGCUUACAACCAGGGACAUGGCGGCCACUGCCGCGAAAGUAACUGGUCGUGAUAUCCGGGCACGUGAAUGUACUGAGAAAGAGCUCGAGCAAACCCAGGAGAAAGGAGAAAUAUUUGUAGACUUGUACCGGAUGACGAGAUAUUACAUGACGCAUCCGCCCGAAACAGGUGUGCGCAAUCAAGCUGAAACGCUGAAGUUAUUUCCAGAAGCCUCAAGGUGGGAAGAUUAUGUGAGAGAGCAUGAAAAGCACAUAUUCGGCGACUUUGACUAG